CCCAUUCCAAAUUCCCAGAUGCAAACUAGUUAGGACUCUCACCAUGGAGAAGGCGGGAGGAAAUAAACUGGGCGUUUCAUGAUGCGAGUGCCGAUCUGGAAAUAGGCAUUAAUUUCAGAGAAUGUGUUUAAGUCCGGGUGUUUUGCUGUUAUGUGAUUUAUGACUGCAGUGACACCAUAGGACACAAAGGCUGUAACAUGUUUUGAACUGGGAUAAAGACGCUUGUGAAUCACCGAGGCGUGAUUGCUGCUUGGGAUGGGGAGGAGCGAGGCCUGUGAUGCCCCCCCCCCCCAUUAAAGGAGGGGCGGAAGGGAGAAGGAGCCAUGCUAGAGAAGGGCUAGCGUCACCGUCACCGGAGGAAAGGAGAGGCGAGCGAGAUUUUAAAGCGGCUUCCCUUCCUUUGUCCCGGGCCAUGUGCUCGUCGGCUUACGAUUUGGUCAGACCUGUCAGACGUUCCGCGCGCAAGUCACUUGUAAAGCAAAACUUCCGCUCCCUCAAAACGCAAAAGCCUGUAGUCCAGGUGCACCUUUCACCAAAUAAUAAGCCUCGCUGAGUUACAUCCCAGCAAAUCACACCUACGAUCCGGCGGUUUGCAAAACUGACCGUGCAAUCCUAACCAGACUCACGCCCUUCGAAGUCCACUUAAAUCAGCAGCCUUACAGAGGGCGGAGCCGCAGAACAACACGGCUGAGAAAUCAAAACCGAAACCGCGCAAUUCCCUAAGGAACGGCCCAAGCACCGAGUCCUUUGCUGGCGAAGGAGCGACUGGGCAGAGAGGGCGCCUGAACCAGAUACGCUAUAAGAGUUGGGCUGCAGAAGGGACCGAGGGCCGCGAUGGAUGACGAGGAUUGGGACACUGAAAUUCCGGACCACGCCAGCGGCGGUUUAGGAAAAGGAGGCUUGACCGCUUCCCAGCCCAGGUUCCAGGCACUGGGCAGCUUACCUGCAAGAGCGAAUGAAACCUCAUGUGUUUUCAGUCAAAGCAUAAAACCAGAUGCUGGUAAUGAUCCCAGCAGAGGGUUUCAAUGUAUGCAGGAUUCUGGAUGGCCUACUGGAAGCGGGGGUGUUAGUGGAAAACAAAAUGGAGAAGAAAAACCAACGGGUGGAUUUGGUAGUAGACGCAGUUUUGGAAACCGAGGUCCAUCAGGAAAUCUAUUUGAAGAAAGAAAAAGUACAGGUUUUGGGAGAGCUGUGGAAGAAGGUGGUGAUGAUGAAGACAACCAGUCACAUACAGGGUUCUUCAGGAGAGGAGGUAUGAGUAAUGGCAGUGAUGCACGUAGGGGUGGAAGAGGGCCAACUAGAGGUGGCCGAGGAGGAUAUGGACUAUUUACAAACAAUGAUUGUGAGAUGAAUGAUGCAAGACCACAUUCUGGUUUCAAGAGAGAGGGGUUUGGUGCUUCUUCAGGUGAUUCUGCAAAUAGAGGAAGAGGAGGAUUUAGAGACAGAGGAGGUUACAAGGGAAGCAACGAGGAAGUAAUUGGAGGUGCUGGGAAAAGUAUGUGGAAAUCAGAUGGUGAUAAAGAAGGGGGUGAGCCUGCAGCUCCAAAGGUGACAUAUAUACCACCACCACCACCAGACAAUGAAGAUGCUAUCUUUGCACAUUACCAGACAGGGAUAAACUUUGACAAAUAUGAUAACAUCCUUGUAGAAGUGUCGGGACAUGACUGCCCAGCUGCAAUUCUGACCUUUGAAGAAGCUGGUCUCUGUCAAACAUUAUCCAAGAAUAUUGCUAAGGCUGGAUAUUCUAAACUUACCCCUGUGCAGAAGCAUAGCAUUCCUAUUGUGCUGGCAAGGCGUGAUUUAAUGGCAUGUGCCCAAACAGGAUCUGGAAAGACAGCAGCGUUUCUAAUACCAAUUUUGGAACAGAUGAUGCAAGAUGGAAUUACUGCCACUCAGUUCAAAGAGCAGCAAGAACCAGAAUGUAUAAUAGUAGCUCCCACAAGAGAACUUGUAAAUCAGAUCUUCCUUGAAUCCAGAAAAUUUGCCCAUGGAACUUGUAUAAGGCCAGUUGUGGUUUAUGGAGGUACACAGACAAUUCAUUCAAUUCGCCAGGUAAUGCAAGGCUGUAAUAUAUUAUGUGCUACUCCUGGAAGACUUCUGGAUAUCAUAGGCAGAGAAAGGAUUGGGCUGAGCAAACUUAGAUAUUUGGUUUUAGAUGAAGCAGACCGUAUGCUGGAUAUGGGGUUUGGCCCAGAGAUGAAGAGGUUGAUUUCCAGUCCAGGAAUGCCACCAAAGGAUAAAAGGCAAACAUUAAUGUUCAGUGCGACUUUUCCUGAAGAUAUUCAGAGGCUGGCUGGAGAAUUUUUGAAGACAGAAUAUCUUUUUGUUGUCGUUGGACAAGUGGGUGGUGCUUGCAGUGAUGUUCAGCAGACUAUACUUCAAGUUAGUCAGUAUGACAAGAAAGACAAACUCGUUGAAAUUCUCAACAGCAUAGGUGAUAAGCGAACAAUGGUGUUUGUAGAAACUAAGAAAAAGGCAGAUUUUUUUGCUGCCCUUCUUUGCCAAGAAAACAUAAAAACAACAAGUAUUCAUGGUGAUCGAGAGCAGAGAGAACGAGAAGAAGCUCUUUGUGAUUUUCGGUCUGGAAGAUGUCCUGUCCUUGUUGCAACAUCAGUGGCCGCCAGGGGUCUGGAUAUUGAGAAUGUUCAUCAUGUCAUAAAUGUCGAUCUUCCUUCCACAAUCGAUGAAUAUGUUCACAGGAUUGGGCGGACUGGACGUUGUGGUAACCUAGGCAAAGCAAUUUCUUUCUUUGAUCCCCUUGCUGACAGCGCUGUUGCACAACCCCUUGUCAAGGUGCUUGCAGAUGCUCAACAGGAAGUCCCCUCAUGGCUAGAAGAAAUAGCUUGUAGUUCCUGUGCAGUUGGUUUUAGCAAUCCAAGGGGAAAUAUGUUUGCUUCUGUUGAUUCUAGAAAGUUUUCACAGGGUUUCCAAAGCAAAGAACACAGUGGAGGAUUUGUUGCAUCAAAUACAAGUGCAGCCGAUGAGUCAUGGGAUUAACGAUCUACAGUGACAGAAAAAAGUUCUUAACAUAGCUAUUUGAAAAGCUGUUGGAAUCCUGAACACACUUAUUAAAAUCCCUUUGAUUUCAGUGGCACUUCCAAGUAACUAUGGGUUGAAUUGAAGAAACGGUUAUUUCAAUCCACCAUGUUCAUGAAGGUGGAUGGGUUUAUUCGUACAAAAAGAUUGUUUUGUUUUGAAUGUUUUGUUUACUGAUAUGCAUAAUAGUUAGUGAAUUAACAGAUAUUUGUUGUAAAAAUUUGUUUGUAAAAGUACUUAAUAAAGAUUCAGGAUCAUA